AUGAACGACCCCCAUGGACACAACAUGCCUCUGGCCGAAAGUGUCAGUGGGGCCACCUUCCCCUUCCCCAGCUCGCUCUGCCUCGAUUGUCAGGUGUCCACCUUUGUAAUUGCGCCGUCACUGGGGACAACUGACGGUCACCGGUCACUUGGGGAGAGCUUCAAUCGCGCAGCCAGCCAGUCAGCCCAGAUCCAGAUCCAGAUUCAGAUCGUCCAGUCCACUGUCUCUAAUCCCCGUCCACAGCUCGGUCGCUUGCACGUGCCCUCCUCGCAACAACCACAUCAACACCAAACCAUACCAUACACCACAAUGGCUUCGAAGCGGGAUAUGCGCCGGCCGGAUCUGAUCGUUCCCUACCAGGAGCCCAGGGCCAAGGGCGACAGCACCGAGCUCUCCUCCACCCUCUCCUCCACCCUGCCGAUGGCCGCUAUGCUCACGCGUAACAAGUUCAUCGGAUGGGCCUCCGUUGUCUUCAGCAUCCAGACCUGGCUUGGCGAGAGCGAGGAGACCAAGAAGAGCUCCGCGACCCCGGGCUACUUCUCCGUGGGCAUGUCCAUUAUGGGCCUCGCCGUGAGCUACCUGCCCCUCUUCCUGCCUCCCCCCGUCCCGAGAGGCGCCGCCACCGGCACCGGCCCCGCCGCUCCCGUUCCUCCUGCGUAG